AUUUCAAUAUGGCGUCAAGUUGGCGAGAUAAAUUAUUAUGACUUAAAAAAAGUUCAGUUUCUUCACAAACGAGAGCUUGAUCAUUACAUUUUACAGUCUGCCCCAUGACUAAGGGAAAUGAACAACAUGCACCAGCAUCUUGCACGGAACAAUGCAGUAUGACUCCCUGAGCCCUUGCUAGUUCAUCAAACACUCAUGUGAUUAGCAAGCAGUAGCAGAAAUGUCCACUCAAGCAAUCCCUCACCUGGCCAUGAAUUUCACAGAGAACCAUCAGGGGAGCAACAUACUGGACAAAAUGAGGGUCCAGAGGGAUGCGCGACGGUUUUGCGACGUGGUCCUUCACGUUGAGGGGAAGAAAUACAUGGCGCACCGAAAUGUCCUGGCAGCCUGCAGCCCAUAUUUUGAUUCCAUGCUGAAGCCCAGCACCAUCAGCAAAGAACAGGUGUUUCUCCCUUGUCAAAACCAGGCCAUUUUUGAAGUGCUGUUGGAUUACGUGUACACAGGAAAAGUGGUUGUGGAUCAAGAGAAUGUGUUUGAACUGGUGCAGCUGGCCAAUCAUUUGUUGAUCGGGAGGUUGAAGGAUCACUGCAGUGAGUACCUGGAGAGAUACAUGAACAUUACUAACUGCUUGCAGAUACAGGAUGUAGCUGAGAAGUGUGGCAUGCCUGCUCUGGAAAAGAGUGCAACGACUUUCAUUAAGAGUAAUGUCAACUUGGUAGUCCUGCAGGAAGGUGUCCUACAAGUCCCACCUCCCAAGCUUGAAAUGGUGCUGGCAGAACGGAACUUCCUCCUCACCGAAGAGGUCAAGCUGGACCUGAUCAUGAGGUGGACAGAAGUGGACGUUCCUGGCCGCCACAAACACCUGUACGGCAUGCUGGCCUGGAUCCAGUGGGAUCGCAUCGACGUCAACAUGAUAUUUCACACCAUGGAGAACAACCAGAUGCUGAAGGCCGAUGAGCGGUGCAUGUACGCCUUUUUACUGACCCUUUUGGAGCACAGUCUCCUCAUGCCUAAUUACAUGGAGUAUUUCACUCAACUCAAGGACCAGGUGCAAAGAGCCGAGGCGGAAGCCAAUGCUAAGGUUCUUUGUAGUAACAAGGAGGAUGAGGCACAAGAUCCUAUGGUGAGCGAUAAGGAGGAGAAUUCAUUGGAGAAUGUGGUAGGUGAGAAAACUGAGGAAACCAGCGCAAUUGGGGACCUCUCCAACACAUCUUGUAGCACAGAAAUGGCUGGAGAGGCACAAAAUGGUGAUAGUGUGGAGCUUCAGACAAGAAAAAGGGGGAGAAAGACAGAUAGGCCUUUAAAAGUAGUGAAGAGAGCAGCCAGAGAAAGGAGAGCAAAAGUGCCAAAUACAGCCAAGACGGCAAAGCUCGGCAAAUGUGAACAAGGUGAUAAGUGCAAUAGUACAGUUGAAAAUAAUGCUAGGAUCGAGGAUGAGAAAACAGGGAGUGAGGGAAAGACAGUUGCUAGCACAGGUGAAGCAAAGGUAAAAGAGGACAUCUCAAAAGAUCUGGAUCUCAUGGCGGAUGAUGAUCUUUUCAAAACUGGUGCAAUGAGUAGUGAUGAAGAUGAAGAUGAAGUUGAUGAUGGUGAAUAUGAUGAUGAUGAUGAUGAUGAUGAUGAAGACUAUGAGUAUGUUGAUGUUCAGAAGACAAAGCCUCUGAGGAAACGAGGACGGCCAAAAGGUAAAAGAGACGCCAAAAAAAGGAAACAAAAGUUUGUGCAGAAAGCAACGUAUAGCUGUACUGAGUGUGCCUAUCACUGCAGUACAGAGUACAGACUGGAGAAACAUGUUGCUAAGGCACACUCUGAUGACACAACUUACACGUGUAACAUUUGUAAUGGCUUUGAAAGUAAGUGGAUCCGUGAGUACACACGGCACAUGAAACAACAUUUUGGCCACCCGCCGUACCCGUGUGAUUUCACAGGCUGUGAGUACAAGGCGGACCGUAUGCAGCUGUUGCUGUACCAUCGCAUGAAGCACACAGAUGACAGACCAUUUGAGUGUCCUGUCUGUAGCUUUAAAUUCAGGUCCAAACACAAUCUGAAGACACAUCUUAAGAUACACUCUGGUGAGCGACCAUGGCAGUGCCAAACGUGUGGGCGUUGUUUUGCCACCAAGAACACCAUGCAGCAACACACAGUGAUCCAUGGUGACCUCCGACCCUACCUCUGUGAUCUCUGCGGCUUCUCUACCAAAUAUCAGUCUCACCUCAUUGCGCAUAAGAGGAUACAUACAGGUGAUGUCUUUAGAUGCACAUACCCAACAUGUAAGUACUUCACUCCCAAAAAGAGCCAGCUAAAGGCUCAUCUACGCAUUCACCAGGCCAGUAGAGAGCACACAUGCAAAGUUUGCGGCCGCGCCUUCGUUGAGAAAAGUCACUUGGUGCGCCAUGAGCGAAUCCAUCUAGAGGAUAAACCUUUCAAAUGUGUUGAGUGUGAUUAUGCCAGUUCAAGAAGAGACAAACUCAAGGAACAUACUGAGAAACAUCAUGGAAUUUAUGCCACUGCAAAAACUCCUUACAAGCCUCGCAAAGGACGUUCGUCCAAGUUGCAGCAGGAACUGCAGCCUAGUCAGAUACUACAGUAUAACAACUAUACACUCAGUGAAGUGGCUGGGGAUGGGGGUCAGGGGUACAUACCCCAAGCAGACAUGAAUCCUUCCCAAGGGUCCACGCAUGCGCAGGUUCAGGCAACAAACCACGGCCUGCAGUUUCCUCCUGUCUCGUUAUCGCAGGAAGACCAGGGUGUGCUGUCUGCAGGGGGAAUAGUACAAUCUAUGCAUGUGACAACGCAACUUCCUCCUCCUCCUCCUCCUCCUCAACAACAACAACAUGUACAACAACAACAACAGCAGCAGCAGCAGCAUCAUCAUCAGGGCCAGCAGCAGCAUUUACAAGGGGAGAUGGGGGUUAGGGCUCCUGUGAUGCCAUCUACCCAACAACACUGCCCACCUUCUUUCCCCCAGGAGUGCUAUGGAGGUUUAGGUGCAUUCAUUGCUCUCCUGAAUUAAUUUAGUUAACAGGGUUAAUCUGUUCAUCAGGGGCGGAUUGAGGCCUUCUUCUGGGUCUUCCAGAAGACGGUCAGAUUUUCAAGUUUACA